UUUCUCCCGGCACCGGAAGUACUUGGACCGGCCCGGUGGGGGGAGGAGAGGGCGCCGUCGUUGCUGUCAGAGAGAACGGAAACCAACCGGGGAAGCUGGAGGGCUGGCGCGGGCAGCGGGCAAAGAUAACACGGCAGGAUGCCAGCAUUGCCGCUGGAUGAACUCCAGUUUACAGAGAAAGAUUCGUUGACUGGGAAGACCAAAACGUUACCAGCGCUGCACCCGGAAAAGAAAACAGAGCGCUCUUUCGUGCUGUACAAGCCCCCACCGAAAGCCAGAGACCCGGCACUGCUGGAGGAGUUCCUGGAGCGGGCCAAGUUUGUGGCAGAUGAUCUGGACUGGCUGCUGGCGCUGCCUCAUGACCAAUUCUGGUGCCAGGUGAUAUUUGAUGAGACGCUCCAGAAAUGCCUGGAUUCCUACCUCCGCCAGGCCCCUCGGAAGUUCGACACCGUGGUCGACCUGCCUGCCGAGGUGAACGGCCUGCAGAAGCACCUUCAUCGGAACGUGUUUCUGACCUUCCUCCGAAUGUCCACACACAGGGAGUCCAAAGAUCAUUUCAUCACACCAUCUGUUUUUGGAGAAAUUAUUUACAAUAACUUCUUGUUCGACAUUCCCAAGCUCUUGGAUCUGUGUGUGCUCUUUGGAAAAGGCAACAAUGCUCUACUCCACAAGAUGAUUGAAAACGUCUUUACGCAGCAGCCCAGCUACUACAGUGACUUGGAUGAAACCGUGCCUACAGUUCUUCAGGUGUUCAGCAGCAUCCUGCAGACGUGCGGCUUGCAAUGCGAAGCAGCCCCAGCCACCCCGCAGAGGCUGGAGGAGAGGAUCCGGCCGGCGCCUGGGGAGCUCCCCCUGCAGGAGUUGAGGGAUAUUGUACUGUACCUGUGUGACACCUGCGUCACCCUUUGGGCCUUUCUGGAUGUCUUUCCCUCCGCCUGCCAGACGUUCCAAAAGCAUGACUUCUGCUACAGGCUGGCCGCAUUUUAUGAACUGGUGAUGCCUGAAGUGGAGUCUGCAAUUAAGAAGAGACAACAUGAAGAUAGCAGCUUAAUGUCGGACUUGUGGAGGAGGCUGUCUCAUUCCAGGAAGAAGGUGUUGGAGGUUUUCCACAUCAUCAUCAACCAUUUGUGCCUUCAGCCCGUUUUGGAGAACAGCUGCGACCAUAUCCAGCCCUACAUUGAAGAGUUCCUUCAGAUCUUUACCUCAGUGCUUCAGGAGAGGAGGUUUCUCCGUGACUACGACGAGCUUUUCCCCGUAGCAGAUGACCUGAGCCUCCUUCAGCAAGCUUCCUCGACUUUGGAUGAGACCCGGACUGCUUACAUCCUGCAAGCUGUGGAAAGUGCCUGGGAAGGAGUGGACCGGAAGGGGAAAGUGGCCCGGGAUGCCCCCUGGCCAGAAGCCGCGGCGGGAGCCUCAGCAGAAGCGCUGCCGGGGAACACAGAGAGGUCCGAGAGGCUCAGUCAGGAAGAUCACACCGAGUCCGCUGGAGCGGCUGCGGCAUCCGUGGCCAAGGUCUCCGGGGUGGAGCUGGACUCCCUGAUCUCCCAAGUGAAGGACCUCCUGCCGGACCUCGGAGACGGAUUUGUCCUGGCCUGCCUGGAGGAGUACGGCUACAACGUGGAGCAAGUGAUCAACAACAUUCUGGAGGGCAAGCUGGUGGCCUCCCUGGAGAACCUGGACCGUGCAAUGCCGAGGUCUGUGAAGCCAGACCCCAACCCUCUGGUCACUUCGCGGUGCAAUGUUUUCCAGGAUGAUGAGUUUGAUGUUUUCAGCAAAGACUCUGUGGAUAUGUCCCGGGUGCAGAAAGGCAAAAGGAGUGACCGGUCCACGACCAGAAGUUUGCUGAACGACAAGCGCCUCGUGGCCGAGCAGAGGGAGCGCUACAGCCAGUACUCCGUGGUCGUGGAGGAGACCACGGAGCAGGACGGAGCCGGCCUUCUCUACCCCGAUGACUACGAAGACGAAUACGACGAUACCUACGAUGGCAACCAGGUGGGAGCCAACGAUGCCGACUCAGACGACGAGCUGAUCAGUCGGAGGCCGUUUACCAUCCCUCAGGUCCUGAGGCCGAAAGAGCAGGAGAAGGAGGAGGCGGAAGAGGAGGAUGACGAGGAGGAGGACGGAAAGGAAGCUGCCAAGGAUCACUUUGUGCAGGACCCGGCGGUGCUGAGGGAGAGAGCUGAAGCCAGGCGGAUGACCUUCCUCGCAAGGAAAGGGCACAAGCCAGACCACGCGGCAGCAGUCGUGGGCGCGGCCAAGGGGCACGGGCAGAGCCGAGAGACGGCGCAGGAACGCAGGAAGAAAGAAGCCAGCAAAGGGAGCCGGGGGAAUCACAACCGGCGAGCCAUGGCCGACCGGAAACGCAACAAGGGCAUGAUCCCCUCCUGAAGAACUGGAGGGGCCAGGUGCAAGGCUCCUCUCCCAAGAGACUGCCGCUGCCUAGCAGCGCGAUUCCGCUUGUAACGGCAGAACCUCAUUACAGAAAACCGCAGCA